GAGAGAGGAGCUAAUAAAUAAAUAAGGACGUCCAUGUAAUUUGCGCUCGUUUUCCCGCGUGAUAGAGUAGUGGGACGAAACACCAACAGAACAUUCUUACCUUGUCGAGUGUGGGACGUACAACUUGCCUACUUUCUAAAACUUUCUGCCUAACUUUCUUUCGCCUUCUUGAUUCCGUUUUUUCAUUGGUGCUUUAGUGGGUAUAAGCAUAAACUCAUAAUACUGUGCUGGACUAAUUUGACUCCUAGUAUAAAAACAACCUGUUGAAGUGAACAAAUCGGAUUAAAAAGAAGAUCAAGCGACGUCCGCGUGUCGACAAUUUUAAGAUUUCUGAAAGACAUCUAGGGUUUUUGGAGACUUGUGAAUAAAGACACAAAGAAAAGUGCAGUGAGUUGUGCUGUGUCACCAAGGGAGGGGACCAAGUGCCAAGUGGGGUCCAGAGGAAUGUGUAUGUCUGUAGAAUAUAGUCGAACUCUGGACAGGUAACCAGGUGUGUCACUGUUGCUAUGGCAACACAGUUGCUGCCAUUGUUGCCUGCCCUCCUCGCUGUCCUCCUCACUUCCUGGACAACAGCCCAUGACUUGGAUUGGCAUUUUGACUCUGGUAGGUGUCGCUAUGCUCUAGGGAUGGAGGAUGGCUCCAUACCCGACUCUGACAUCACUGCGUCCAGCGCCUGGUCCGACUCCACUGAAGCCAAACACGGGAGGCUAAGCACAGGAGAGGGGGACGGUGCGUGGUGUCCAGCUGGUCCGGUGUUCCCUAGUGGUUCUGAGUACCUGCAGGUGGACCUGCACACAUUACACUUCCUUUCUCUGGUUGGCACGCAGGGGCGGCAUGCAGAUGGGCUCGGGCGGGAGUUUGCACGUAGUUAUCAACUCCGUUACUCCCGUGAUGGACGACACUGGAUAACAUGGAAGGACCGCUGGGGGCAGGAGGUGGUGUCAGGGAAUGAGAACACAUAUGACAUAGUCCUAAAGGACCUGGGUCCGCCCAUUAUAGCACGCAUGGUGCGGUUCUACCCGCUGGCGGACCGCGUGAUGAGUGUUUGUCUGAGAGUUGAACUCUACGGUUGUGUCUGGAAGGAUGGACUGAAGGCGUACACCGCUCCUGUGGGUCAUGUGAUGCACCUGUCAGGCUCACCUGUCUACCUUAAUGACUCUGUCUAUGAUGGCAGCAAAGAGGCAGGGGUGAUGUUUGGAGGCGUGGGCCAGUUGUGUGAUGGUGUUUUGGGUGGGAAUGAUUUCGUGGAGAGUAAAGAGUUAAGAGUGUGGCCAGGAUAUGAUUAUGUGGGAUGGAGUCGCGAAGCAUUGGGUCAACCCACUGUCGACAUUGAGUUCCACUUUGAGAAAACACGGGUUUUUCACACCAUGCAGGUGCAUAGUAAUAACAGGCACAGUCAGGGUGUGCGGGUGUUUAGUGAGGUGGUGUGUGAGUUUAAGCCCAGUCUUUUGAGUCCUUGGGCGGAGCCGGCACUCAGCCUUAAGGUGCCACUGGAUGACCUGCAUGACCCCUCGUCCCGCACCAUCUCGCUGCCUCUUGGAGGACAACCAGCUCAAAUCCUUCGCUGCCGCUUUGCCUUCAGCGACCGCUGGCUCCUCAUCAGCGAGAUAAGCUUCUACUCUGUGCCAUUUGACGAUGGAUCUCUCCCUCCUCCUCCCCCUUCCUCCAGUGCUCGUCCUCUCAAUAUCACCUCUCCACACACUCCCAACUCUACAAACGGAAGCAGCAGCCCCACCGACCUCCUCAUGAGAACAGCCCCAAUGCUGCCCAGCAGCAUGCCAACAGGGGCGGAGUUCCCUGCCAUCACUCUGAGGGCGGGAUUACCGGUGGCCAAAGAUGACAGCAGCAACACGGCCAUCCUGAUUGGUUGCCUGGUUGGAAUUAUCCUGCUCCUAUUGGCCAUCAUAGCUGUCAUACUGUGGAGGCAGUACUGGAAAAAGCUACUUGGCAAGGCCCAGGGCAGUCUCUCCAGUGACGAGCUACGAGUUCACCUUUCGGUUCCAUCGGAUAAUGUUGUGAUCAACAACACAAACACACACACAUACUCCAGCCGCUAUCAGCGCAUACACACAUUCCCCGAUGACAGAGACCAAGAGGGAGAGUACCAGGAGCCCAGCACUGUACUGCGACCCCGAGAGCAGUGUGACAGCACAGCACUGCUGUUAAACAACCCAGCAUAUCAUCUUCUCCUGUCUGACCUGAAACAUGGCCCCAACAGGCUGACAAACUGCCACAGCCAGCAAGAAAAGCCCCAAAACCUGCCCCAGGCUUGUGCUAUUGAUAUAGUUGAUAAAGGCCUGCCCAUUCAGGAAGGACCACCUCCUUACCCUGGAGCCACGCCCCCUGGCCUAUCAGGGGUUCAUUAUGGGAAAGCAUCAGGAGGUGGGGGGAGUGUUCCUCAUUAUGCAGAAGCUGACAUCAUUAGUCUGCAAGGCUGUAGUGGUAACAAUACAUAUGCGGUCCCCGCCCUCUCGGCCACGCCCACAGACUGCCCACCACUGCCUGAGUUGCCACGGGAACGACUUAUAUUCAAAGAAAAGCUGGGAGAAGGCCAAUUUGGAGAGGUUCAUUUGUGUGAGAUUGAAAACCCUCAGGAACUUCCGAACCUGGAGUUCCCAUUUAAUGUGAGGAAAGGACGACCUCUGCUGGUAGCUGUGAAGAUUCUACGGCCCGAUGCGUCUAAAAAUGCCAGGAAUGAUUUUCUGAAGGAGGUGAAGAUCUUAUCUCGCCUGAAGGAUCCGAACAUCAUCCGUCUGCUGGGUGUGUGUGUGAGCAGUGAUCCAUUGUGUAUGGUCACAGAGUACAUGGAGAGUGGAGACCUCAAUCAGUACCUCUCCCAGAGAGUGUUACUGGACAAGACUGGACCUCUACAUAAUACACCAACCAUCAGCUACCCAGCGUUGAUCUCCAUGGCGAGUCAGAUCGCAUCAGGUAUGAAGUUCUUGUCAUCUCUGAACUUUGUGCAUCGAGACCUGGCCACACGAAACUGCCUGGUGGGUGGAGAGAGAGGAGAGGGAGAGGACAGUGGAGGAGAGCGUCAGAUCAAAAUUGCUGACUUUGGCAUGAGCAGGAACCUCUAUGCUGGCGAUUACUACAGGAUCCAGGGCAGAGCUGUGCUGCCUAUUCGCUGGAUGGCAUGGGAAUGCAUACUUAUGGGGAAGUUCACUACAGCAAGUGACGUGUGGGCAUUUGGCGUGACGCUGUGGGAGAUGCUGAGUGUGUGUCAGGAGCAGCCGUACAGUCACAUGACCGAUGAACAGGUCAUUGACAACGCAGGGGAGUUCUUCAGAGACCAGGGCAGACAGGUGUACCUGGCUCGCCCGGUGGUGUGCCCACAGGGUUUGUACGAGCUGAUGCUUAGCUGCUGGAACAGAGACUGUAAACUACGGCCUUCCUUUGCGUACAUUCACUCCUUCCUCACUGAAGACGCCAUGAACAUGGUUUAGAGAGAGAGGGACUAAAAGAUGAAAAGGACUGCUCUUUUAUUCUGCUCUUCUGUUUUAACAGGAGACAGAGAAGGGAUGUAAGAAAGCGUGUGGACCACAGACUGGUGGUGUGUUUUUAAGCAGACACGAUGGCUAAGCACUCUUAUGUAAAUUAGUGUAUUUUAUGAUCGGUGGGUCAGGGCCCACCGCAGGUUCGGUGCCCCUAUAUGACCUGCUUCUCGUCCCUUAUCCUAAACUCAAUAAGCAACAUUUUGUCCCAAAAUGAGUUUUUUUUUUUUUUUUUCACCCAAUUUGGAAUGCCCAAAAGCUCUGUUCCUGGCUGGAUUCACUCAGCACGCCCUGGGAUUCGAACUAGUGAACUAGUGAACUCCAGGCGUGGUAGCCAGUGUCUUUUACCACUGAGCUACCCAGGCCCCCUCCACAAUGAGUUUUUAAGCUUGCUGUUCCCCUGUUAAUGCUCAUCACAUCACAUUUCACAGUAUUUGGUUUAUUAGAACUCAAAUCUCACAGAAUGCACUAAGGACAUGGCCAGGUUACUCUCUCCUUCCCUAAACAUUACUUGGACUUUUCUCAGCCUCAUACUGUCUUUAAAGGGAUAGUUCACCCUAAAUGAAAAUUCUAUCAGUAUUUACUCACCCUCAUGUUGUUCCAAACCCAUACCUAUAUUUUGAAAAAUCUUAAUGCAGGUGUUUUCCAUACAACAACAAAGCUCUAAAAUGACAAGAAAACACCAAAAAAAAAAUUAAAAAAAUAAAAAACAAAACAUAAAAUUAGUACAUACAACUUUUGUAAUAUAUUCCAAGUCAUCUGAAGCCAUACGAUAACUUUUGUUGAAGAACAUAUUGAAAUUCGUUAUUCAAUGACACUUCUCCAGAACUAAAAAAAAAAUGGAUCAGUCCAAUUCGUAAAUGAAUCGUUCUGUCCAGUUUGUAAAUUGGUGCAUUGAAAAGAACCAACUCGAAAGAAUGCUCCAUUCACAAAUUAAACUAAUUAGGUUCUUGUGUUCAAAUCACCAUUUUAAUGAUCUGGUUACAUAAAAGACCAGUAUGAAAUUCUUUUGUGUUUCAUGAAAGAAAAAAAGAAAAAAACAGCAUACAGGUUUGGAACGACAUGAGGUUGAGUAAUGAAAAUAAUUUUUUUUUACAUUUCUGGGUAAACUAUAUCUUUAAACAGUGAAGGAAAAUGAAAAAUGAACCCUUUCUGUAAAUGUUUCCAACUAUGAAAUCCAAGUCUAGUUUGCUCUGUGAGGUCCAGUUAAGUUGACUAAUUACUGACAAUGGGCUAAAAGGAAAAAUAUGAGAUUUUGGGAUAAAAUGUUGCUUUGCAGCUGAACUUUAUAUCCUGGUCAUCUAACCUAUAUCCUUAAACCCUGAACCUACAGCUAACAAAGCUGUCUCUUCAUUCCCUGAACACUGAAUAGAUUUCGAAACAUAAUCAUAGUAACUGGUGGAGGGUUUUGUAGCUAGAUGACAGGCAGCACCAAAAUAGACAGCUCUAAAAACUCUUUAGUCAUAGUUUUUUGUGGGCAGCAUUGGACAAAUUAUUGAUUAUGCAUAUUUAAACAUACUAUAUAAAAAAUACAGCAGUUAUGCUUUUUUUCUACUUGUAUAAUAAAUAAUUGUAGAGAAUAACAUUUAAAAUUAGUUUAGCAGUAAAUUCAGUCUAACUCUGCUAGCAUUUAUGGUCAUUUAGAGAAUUUUGAGGGUGUAUCAGCCAGUUUUACAUGUCUUUUACUGUGGUGGAGGGUAAAUUGCAAACUGCAAACUAGGAAAUUAAUAAUUAAGAUCAUACAGAUCAUUAAACAUUCACAUUGUGGGGGAAUUUAUUUCAUCUCAAUAAGUAAUCUAAAAUUGUUAUUUUGAAUCAUGUCCUAACCAGCCGUGAUGCAACAAGAUGAGUGACAGGACAUUUCUGCGAUGCUGUGCUGAGCUGCCCCGCUCACUGUGAAACCUCAUUGGUCCAAAAUCCCACUCUACUGUGAUUUUCACAUCACAGUUACACACAUAACAUGCUAUGCGUUCAGUGUUGACAAAUUGGUUGUCGCUGUUAACUUUUCUGGUUAGAACUGAAUGAGUGCGUAUACCUGCACACCAAUAUGCUGAUAACUACGCAAAAUCUGCUUAUUCAAAAAUCUGACAGUGCAAGAAUAACACGUUUACGUGAUAUUUGAAAUCAUCUGAUUAUUCUCUGCUUUUGACAUUAAAACAUAAAAAGACAUGCGCACAACACUUGUAUACAUUUGAAAAGAAUGUCUGGAAAAAUAGACAAAAAUAUAUGUGUAAUUAUGUAUAAUAUCCAUCUGCAAGUAAUCACCUUUCCCGGCAUUCUUACCCGCUUAUCCAGUGUGCACAAGUUCUGUGCACAUGCUUGUUUUCAUUUUGAUGUCAAAAGCAACAAAUUAUCCCAUUAUUUUGAAUCUCAUGUAAACGCAUCUGAAUUUUUAAAUAAGCUAAUUCAUGGUAGUUAUCAGUGUUUUGGCUCAAUGUUGUAGAGGCAUGAUAAGCAUUCUGUCACACUGAGCCCUAUUUUAAGAACGCUAAGUGCAGCACUAUGCGAUAAGUCAUACACGCAAAGUCAUUGGGCACGGCCAUUAAGUUUUGGUAUUUUGGUGCAAUCAUGCGCUAAGUCUAGGCACAAGUGGGUUUAGCGAAAUUGCACGAACAAAGUGCAAAUGGGCUGGGUCAAGUGCAAUUUAAUUCAGAGGUUCUUCUCUGGCACCAUCUGCAUCCUAUUACAAUAUAUACUGUAAUCCAUUCCCUGUCAAACACCAGCGAUAUAAACAAAGACUGCACAUUCAUAAGAAGUUGGUAGUGUAAAUGGGCUGUAUGCAGUGAAUUAGAAGAAUAGAAAUAUGGACUUGCAUUCUUUUGUGCAUUUAACUGCAUCCUUGUUGAAUGUAAGUCUUCUAUGACAGUGACAUGCUGUUUCGUCAGGACUUGAAUGUUGGCUCCAUUAAAUUAUAGAAAAUGUUAGUGUUAUUAAUCAAAUUGAUCAACUGACACACAAAUCAUGGGUAGUAUUAACUGAUUGUAUCAGCUUAGAUUAGAUUGUGGAUUGAGUUUUUUUUUUUUUUUUUUUUUUUUUUUUGG